GGCGUGGGUAUUUGGGUUUUCGAGGAAGGCUCGCACUUAUUCUCAGUGUUAUCUCCAGACCUAAAAUUAAAAUUCACACUAAAUGCACUCCAAAUAAAUUCGAAACGCAAAUGCACCUUCUCUUGUUCUCUCUCUCCCAAACUCAAUCCCUGUGAGUGCUUUCUUUCUGUAACUAACUUGUUCCCUCGUUAACCCUAAUCAUCAACUCAAGCAGUGAAUGAAUCUGUGGACGGACGAGAACUCCUCGGUGAUGGAGGCCUUCAUGUCGUCCUCCGAUCUCUCCUCAAUCUGGCCCUCGCCGGCGCCGCCGCAAUCCACGGCGGUCUUCAAUCAGGACACCCUCCAGCACCGCCUGCAGGCCUUGAUCGAAGGCGCCCGAGAGACCUGGACCUACGCCAUCUUCUGGCAGUCCUCUUAUGACUAUUCUGGCUCCACUCUCCUCGGCUGGGGCGACGGUUACUACAAAGGCGACGACGACAAAGCCAAAGCCAAGGCCAAGGCCAAGGUCAAGGUCACUUCCGCCGCCGAGCAGGACCACCGCAAAAAAGUUCUCCGCGAACUCAACUCCCUGAUCUCCGGCUCCUCCUCCUCCUCCGCCGCCUCCGACGACGUCGACGAGGAGGUCACCGACACCGAGUGGUUCUUCCUGGUCUCCAUGACGCAGUCCUUCGUCAACGGCGGAGGACUUCCCGGACAGGCCUUCUUCAACUCCGCUCCGGUGUGGGUCACCGGGGGCGACCGUCUCUCUGCCUCGGCCUGCGAGAGGGCGAGGCAGGGACACGUGUUCGGGCUGCAAACCCUGGUUUGCAUACCGUCCGCGAACGGCGUCGUUGAGCUGGGGUCCACCGAGUUAAUUUUCCAGAACCCGGAUCUGAUGAACAAGGUGAAGGUUCUGUUCAAUUUCAGCAACAACAACUUCGACAUGGGUUCUUCUUGGCCCGCCACCAGCGCCGAUCAGGGCGAAAACGACCCUUCCUCGCUCUGGCUCAGCGAUCCCGAAGUUAGGGAUUCCAUUAACACUGUUGCUGCUACCCCUUCGGUUUCGGUUCCUGCACAGACUCAGGGGAUUUCGAUUUCCAAGACCAUGCAGUUGGAAAGUUCUAUUCAAACCCCUGGUUCCAGUACUUUAACCGAAACCCCUAGUUCUAUUCACGCGAUUCCGCAGAACCAGAGCGUCUUCUCCAGAGAAUUGAACUUUUCUGAGUAUGGUUUCGACCCAAAGACUGGGAACAAUCAGAAUCACCAUUCUCUGAAGCCGGAAUCCGGCGAGAUUCUCAGCUUCGGCGAGAGCAAGAGAACCUCCUACGGCGGCGUCAAUGGGAAUUCCAAUUCCAAUUCCCAUUUUUUCUCCGGUCAGUCGCCGUUUGUUGCUGCUGCGGAUGAGAACACCAACAAAAAUAACAUCAACAACAAUGGGAAGACAAAGUCACCGAAUUCGCGCGGUAGCAACGACGACGGAAUGCUUUCCUUCACCUCCGGCGUGAUUCUUCCGGCCUCGAAUUUGAAGUCCGGUGGCGGCGGCGAUUCCGACCACUCGGAUCUGGAGGCUUCGGUGGUGAAGGACCCGGUGGUGGAGCCGGAGAAGCGGCCGCGGAAGAGAGGGCGUAAGCCGGCGAACGGAAGAGAGGAACCAUUAAACCAUGUUGAAGCAGAGAGACAGAGGAGGGAGAAGCUGAACCAGAGGUUCUACGCGCUUCGUGCUGUGGUUCCCAACGUGUCAAAGAUGGACAAAGCGUCACUCCUGGGCGACGCCAUAUCUUACAUCACGGAGCUGAAGUCCAAGCUUCAGACCCUCGAAUCAGAUAAAGAUGGAAUGCAGAAGCAGCUGGAAGGUGUGAAGAAGGAGCUCGAGAAAACAACCGAGAACGUUUCUUCUAAUCACGCGGGUAAUAGUAGUAGUUGUAACAACAACAACAAGUUGUCGAAUCAGAAGUUAAUUGACGUGUUGGAGAUGGACGUGAAGAUACUUGGGUGGGACGCGAUGAUAAGGAUCCAUUGCAGCAAGAAGAACCACCCCGGGGCGAGGUUGUUGACGGCAUUGAUGGAGUUGGACUUGGACGUGCACCACGCCAACGUAAAUUUGGUCAACGAUAUGACCAUGCUACAAGCAACGGUGAAGAUGGGAAGUAGGUUUUACACGCAGGAGCAGCUUCGUGCGGCUCUGGCGGCUAAGGUUGGGGAUGCACGAUGAUGUUGGCUCUGCACUUUGCGGCAGCGUUUGAGAUUAUGUGUGUGUUUGUGUCGUGUUAUUAGCUAGCUAGCUCUUUGUAAGUUGUGCUGCUCUGGGAUAUUUUAAGCCUUCCCGGUAGCUGUUUCUGUAAAAUUAUAAGCUUUUUUUCUUUAUUGGGUAGCUUAGUAUUGAAUUUUGAGGUAAUCAAAUUGGGAAGCUCCAUGGAGUAGUAGAACUAGCUAGGGACACUUUUCAUCAAAUCUGUGGGUGGAGUGGAGAUAGCAGCAGCUAUAUGUGGAAAUAGGGGUAAUUUUAUCUGUUUUAGAUUGUGUAUAUAUUAUAAUAAUAUCAUAAAUGUGAACAGCAUCAUGCAAGUUCUCAAUAUUAUUAUUAAUGCUUCAGCU